UUUGAAUGUCAGUGUUGGAUCACUGUUUGUCUAGUGAAGCAAUUGACUGUGACUGUGACUGCGUGUAGCGUUUCGAUAAUUCUACAUUGUAUUGUAGUUUAAUUUCGUGUUUUUUAAAUAGUUUAUUUUCAAAAAACCUUUGCGAUGGAUGAAACUUAUGACGCAAUAGUUCUCGGCACCGGAUUAAAGGAAUGUAUUAUCAGUGGAAUGCUCUCUGUAUCCGGUAAGAAAGUUUUGCAUAUUGACAGAAACAAGUAUUAUGGUGGCGAAUCAGCAUCCAUCACUCCUUUGGAAGACCUCUUCUCACGUUUUGGAUUGGAUCCUGCUGGUGAAGAAUAUGGACGAGGAAGAGAUUGGAAUGUUGAUCUUAUCCCAAAGUUUCUUAUGGCUAAUGGUCAGUUAGUCAAGUUACUUAUGAGCACGGGCGUUACACGGUAUUUAGAGUUCAAGUCUGUAGAAGGAAGUUACGUCUACAACGGAGGAAAAAUUUCGAAAGUACCUGUAGAUCAAAGAGAAGCAUUAGCAUCUGAUUUGAUGGGUUUGUUUGAAAAGAGAAGAUUUAAGAAUUUCCUAAUAUUUGUCCAAGAAUAUAAAGAAGAUGAUCCCAAAACGUGGAAGGAUUUCGAUCCUCGUAAAAACAGUUGUUUGAAGAUGUACGAAAAGUUUGGUCUCGAAAAAAGUACUCAAGGGUUUACUAGUCACGCUCUUGCUCUCUACAGAGAUGAUGUACAUCUUGAAGAACCUGCCUAUCAAACAAUUCAGCGGAUAAAACUGUACAGCGAAUCACUUGCAAGAUAUGGAAAGUCUCCUUAUCUAUAUCCUAUGUACGGCUUGGGAGAAUUGCCUCAAGGAUUUGCAAGAUUGAGUGCUAUUUUUGGAGGAACAUACAUGUUGGAUAAACCUGUUGAUGAAAUUGUUAUGGAGGAUGGUAAGGCAGUAGGUGUAAGAUCUGGUGAAGAAAUUGCAAAAUGUAAGCAGGUCUACUGCGAUCCGUCCUAUGUUCCAGAUAGAGUAAAGAAAAUGGGAAAAGUCAUUCGUUGCAUAUGUUUGAUGGAUCACCCAAUCCCCAACACCAAUGAUGCAAUGUCUACACAAAUAAUCAUUCCUCAGAAACAGGUGAACCGUCAGUCGGACAUCUACGUGUCGUUGGUGAGCUUCACGCACCAGGUGGCCGCGCAGAACUGGUUCAUCGCAAUGGUGUCAACCACCGUGGAGACGGCCAACCCCGAGCAGGAGAUCAAGCCGGGCCUCAACCUGCUCGGCCCCAUCAAGCAGAAGUUCGUGACCAUCUCCGACUACUACGAGCCAACGGACCUCGGCGACGAGUCACAGAUCUUCAUCUCCAAGUCGUACGACGCCACCACCCACUUCGAGACCACCUGUCUCGACGUGCUCGAAAUCUACAAACGCGGCACCGGUGGCGUCUUCGAGUUGUCCAAAAUCCCCGAGGACACCGGCGACAACUAAACUCACACCUGGACUCUUGGACUCCUUCACUCCUGGAAAUAUGUUUCCUUCAUAAAUAGUCAGUUGUGCUUGCUCGCCUACUGACGAGCAGUCUACGAAGCUCAAAAUGUCUCUCUGACUCCUUCAAGUAAUAUACAGUACAUAUUCAUUGGCUUCUCGGUUUUGUAUCAAGCUUCAAACAGUUAAUAUUAUGUUUCAAGAUGUCACUGACUCCUUUCGAUACGAAAUAAUGUCAGUUAAAGAACAUUGGUAUAGUCUAUUUAAGUUUCCAUGUAACUAACAUCUUUUCUGAGGGAAAUUUUAAAAAGAGCAUUUCAUAACGAGUAGGAACAACUAUCAACUAAGAUAGAUAUCAUAUUUUGUUAUUUUCUCAAAAUUAUUCACUUAUGUUCUGAGCGGAAUUACAGUAUUGUUACAAAUUGGUUUCAUUUAAACUUUUGGGAGAGAGAUUUUCAUAAUAAUUAUAAAAAAAUAAAAUUGAGAUACUAUUAAGCUUAAUAAGUAUAAUUGACUGUUUUCAGUGAACGAAAAUAUCCGUAAUUGCUUUAUUUCUUGCUUCAAGGUUUGAAAGAGAGUAUUACAUACAAACGCAAUGAUAUUAUCAACUUGAGAUCAAUGAUUGAAUAGUGUAUUUCGAUAAAUUCUCCAAGUAAUUUAAACCUGAAGGAUGGUAGUAAUGUACCUAACGCUUUCAUUAAUAAUAAGAGGUUAAAAUGCUUUACUGUUGUCUUCUGCAACUAGCCAAGUGACUCUGCGUUUAUGUUAAGUUCAAUAUUGAAGCUAGUGAUUAUUAUUGUAAGUGAUUAUUCAAAAAACUGCUUGUAGUUUAUUUAUUUGCUUGAAGUUAAACUGUAAUUUAUUUUUUUAAUGGAGGUGGUUUAUGAAUGAAGUGGAUUCAUUUAUGGAUGGUCCUUCAAUAGGUUUCUAUUAUAAAUGCGGUAAUGAAUGUUAAUGCUUGGGUAAGUUAUUAUAACUUGUUGGAAAUCGUGUUGAAUAUUUCUCAAAUUUACAAAAUAAACUAUUCGAAAUUUUAAACAAAAAUAUUGGUACAGUAUUUUGUCAAUCUCCCGAAUCACUUUUAAUUUCAACUCAUACAUUUCUUCUUCUUGGAAAAGAACUUUUGAAAUUCUGAAGUAAAGUCCAACAUCUUAUGAAAGGGAUGUUGAAAAUUAUUAACUUUUUAAUAGUCAAUUACCUACUCAAUAAUCGAUUCUGCAUUUAGGCUAUGUGCAAAAAUAUUGAAUGUCGUAUGGAAGUAAUUUUAUUUAAGGAUUGGGCUGUAAUAUAUUUGUGGAUAUCGCUGUGAUUAUUUCGUAUAAAGCUUUUCAGGUAUUAAACAAAUUUUCGUGGUUGAAGGUAAUAUAAUAUAUUCAAAUAUGUGUUUGGAUAUAACUUUUAAGAGUGCAAUAAUUUGUGAAUCUUCGAAACUGAUUCAUAACAAGCCUAUCAAAUCAUACAAAACAUUCACAGAAAAAUUAUUCACAUCUAUUUUAUAUUUAAAAAAUACCCGUUUAUCCGAAAUUAACACAACUAAUGAUUCAGUACACAUUCACUCAAUGCAUGUUGUUGAUUCUCAAAGAAAUCAAGAAAAUAGUAGAGUUCUGUAUUCAAAAUGAAUACAAAUUCUAUAAUCACUUUUUAGUUGCAAGGAAGAAAGAGAAAAAGCUUAUAGUGUUAUUAAUAUUUCUUAAAAAAUAUAUUUGGCAAUAUUCCUAUAAUAAACUUCAAAACAUUACAGUAAUACUAUUGUAAGGAAAAACAUGGAUCAUGAUUUCUAGCGGUAAUUUUUUGCAAAAGAAGAAUUAAAAAGUUAAUGGAUAUAUAUAAAGUUCUAUAGCAUUUGUUGAAGAUUAUAAAUUUUAUGUUAACUGUAAUAUUACUCUAUUGAUAGAAUAAUUAAAAAUAUAAUUGAUGUUAUUUACCUACCAUUUUGAGCAUUGGCAUCACGCAUGUAAAAUGUAAUGAGUAUCUUAUUGAAACUUGAUUAUUGGAUAAUCUCAUAGUGUUGGAAUUACAUUCAGUUAUAACAAAUACUGGAACUGUAGGAAUUAUUCAGUUAUCACUUGUACAAUAACCGUUUAAAUAACUGAUCUAGUUCGUGAAAUUCACAUUCCAAAAGUUGAUAAGAAAUUAUUUUUCAACUAGUAAUUAUUCUUUUUUAUAAUUCUUUACAAAGAAUUUUGAUUUGCUGAUGGUUAUUUGUACAAAGCUCAAUAUUACAAUCCUGUAUUAGCACUCGAUCAUAUCCACCACAAUUGUAUGAAUCAUAAUGUCACACUUUUCAUUCGAUAUCAAUGAUCAUUGUGUAGUUUAUCAAUCCUGUAGUAGAGAAUUUAAAAAAUAUAUGUUUGUUUUUAAGGAUUGAUAGUGUAAAUGAAGUAAGUCAUUGGUGGGAAUAUACUGGUGUAUAUAGAAUUGCUAAUACUCCUAUUAGAUAUUUUCAUUAUUCCAGAUCAAGCUAUCCUCUGAAUAUAAUAAAUAUUAAUACAAUAAUAUUCUAAAUCAUUAUAUGAGCUAGAAACUCUUCUGUAUUUUGUGCGUGGUAAACUAUUGAAAUUUAUUCAACCAUAAUUAUUGAUUAAUUUCAACAAGCUAUAAAUUAUAAAGGAUGCAUACCGAUCAAUCGUCACAAGUUUCUAACAUCGAAAAAUGAAAUUGAUAAUCAAUGAGAUCCAUUUUUAUAUUUUUAAAAUUGAUAAAUAUUUGCUGAACAGACGAGAAAGUUAUGGUUAUAGAAUAUUCGGCUUCUAGUUCAAUUUACUUAGGGCAGCUUUGAAUCAUUUAUCUUACUUCCAUUCUACAAUAUUUUCCAAUGGGAAUUUUCCUGCAGAAAACAUCUGCGAGGAACCCAAGGGGAAUUAUAGAUUUUAUUAUCGUCACUAAACUAUGGAAAGAUUCUGUACACGAUUCAAAAUGGGCAUUAUGUUUAGUUUGUAUUAGUUUUUAUCAAUAAUAAUCAUUACUUUACAAUAUAGUUUGAAUGUUCAAAAUAGGUCAGUCUUAAGUACAUAACUUUCAAUGGCUGUGCCUCAGUCAGGUUUUGAAAUGUAUUUCCUCAAUAGAACUUUGGUGUCAACAUUUUAUGUCUACAGAACUCAGUGAACUUUUAUUGGAGUUUUAUGGUACUGAAUUGCGCCAUUCAUAUUAACCUGAACAGUCUCAGAUGUACAGCAAUGGAAAAUUGCUAUACAUGUUGAAAAGGUGACCCAAUUCAUUACAAAAAAUGUAAUUAUCAAAUUUACAAUAAUAUGGUAUAUCUAUAAAUUUUCAUCUGAUGUAAAUACUUUUCAACUUUAUGCAGAGGAUUAUAUUUUCAAUUUUGGGCAACACUUGAUAAUACCUUCUACAUGGUGGUGUCGUUUCAUUAUGCCAAUAUAUUAUUGACUCAUAGAUAUGAUCUAAAACAAUAUUAUUGUAUCCUUUUUAUUUUAUAAAUAAAUUUACACAUGAGGAUUA